AUGCGGGGAUUACCGCAACAGUUCUUGGGCAUUCCCGGACCCCAGAAGAUUCUGAAGACCUUCGGCUCCCUGUGGCUUGCACAGAGCUCAGAGGAAAGGCCUUCCCCUGGGGCUUCAUCCUCUUGUCCGGUGUCUGAGAUCAGCUGCCAGGCUAAGUACCACGGUCAAGAUACUUGCUGUUUCAACUACCCCGGCGGUCAGAUGCUUCAGACUCAAUUCUGGGAUGCAGACCCAGCGAUUGGUCCCGAAGAUGCAUGGACAAUCCAUGGGCUGUGGCCCGAUCACUGCGCCGGCGGCUUCGAUCAAUUCUGCGAUUCCAAACGCAGGUACAGCAAUAUAUCUCUUAUCUUGGUGGAUUCCGGUCGUGGAGACUUGCUGGAGUACAUGAGCGAGUAUUGGAAAGAUUUCCGUGGAGAUGAUUCUAAUCUGUGGCAACAUGAAUGGAAUAAGCAUGGAACUUGCGUCAGCACCCUUGAGACACAUUGCUACGAUGACUAUCUACCACAGCAAGAAGUUGUGGACUAUUUUGACAAGACAGUGGAAGUCUUCAGGGAACUGCCCUCGCAUGAGUUCCUGGCAAAUGCAGGGAUUAUACCCUCUAGGACCCAAACAUAUACUCUUAUCGAAAUCGAACGCGCCCUGGAAAGUGCCCAUGGAAGUCCAGUCACUGUUCGCUGCAGGGGCGGUGCUCUCAAUGAAAUCUGGUACUAUUUUAAUAUCGCGGGAAGUCUGCAAAAUGGUGCCUUCAUUGCUGCAUCACCAGAUGGCCAGAAGUCCAACUGUCCUUCCAAGGGGAUCAAAUACCCACUAAAGCAUUCUCGGAUUGAGCCUACCCAUACAGCAACUACCGGCCAGCCUGAUCCCACAGAUCCGGGAACCCCCUUCACUGAUAGGGGAAACUUGCUUGUGUCUACCCUUAACCGAAGGCAUGGCUGUAUCAUUAGCUUCGGAACUUGGUUCUCCUCGGGUACUUGUGCAACUUUCCGGGCCAAAAAGUUAUCAGAUGAAAAAUUCUCUUUGGAAUCUAGCAAGGGGCCUUGCACCUUCGAGCGAGAUGCCCUUGCCUGUGGACCCCAUGUCAAUAGCCCUGCCGAAUUUACAAUCAAAGAUGGGAAGCUUUCUUACAAAGGGCAGACUGCCUUCUUUGCGGACCAGCCGCCCAAGGGACGUAGGCAGAGCAAUAUUUAUGCUUCGCAAGGGGGUCGACCUAUUGAGAUCGAGAUUGCUUGGGCUUCGAAGUAA